GUUACUCCGCCCGCUGGGGUGGGGCCAGCCCAACGGCCAAGCCUGCGCAGUACGCCAGGCUGAUUCCAAGGUCCUGCGCACUACAAGUCCCAGAAGGCAACGCUCCGCGGAGAGCGAGAGGCCGCCUUACCUGACACGAGCUCAAGUCUUCGACUAGUACUGCGCUACCCCUACCCCGCUGUUGCCGGUCUCCUUUCCAUAGUUAAAGGGUACUUUAUUUUGAAGCAUAUGACGAGCUGCCUUAGCAAUCUAGACACUGACUCUCUUCGCGUGCUCUUUCUCUCUCUGCCCAAACUGCUUGACUCCCUCAUUGGAGUAGGGCUGGGGAGGUAAGAGAAGGUAGCACUUGGAGGCAAGAGCUGAGCGACCUGGUCCCACUUCCGCCUUCCGGACUCCGGAAGGUGAGCGCGCACGCGCUCCCUGCGACUCCGGCGCGGUUGACUUCCGCUCCCACUGUGCCCUGCGAGCCGAAUCAUGGAUCACACUGACAAUGAAUUGCAAGGCACUAAUAGUUCUGGAUCGUUGGGUGGUCUUGAUGUUCGCAGACGAAUUCCUAUAAAGCUCAUCUCCAAGCAAGCGAACAAAGCCAAAACUGCACCUCGAACUCCAAGGACUAUAAACAGGAUGCCUGCUAAGGCUCCAACUGGUGAUGAAGAAGGAUUUGAUUAUAAUGAAGAAGAACGGUAUGACUGUAAAGGGGGUGAACAUUUUGGAAAUCAGCGAAGAUUUCCUGGACAUCUUUUUUGGGACUUUCAGAUAAACAUCUUGGGUGAAAAGGAUGAUACACCAGUUCAUUUCUGUGACAAGUGUGGAUUACCUAUUAAAAUCUAUGGGCGAAUGAUCCCAUGCAAACAUGUUUUUUGCUAUGACUGUGCUAUUUUACAUGAAAAAAAGGGAGAUAAGAUGUGUCCAGGCUGUAGUGACCCUGUGCAGCGAAUUGAGCAGUGUACACGAGGUUCUCUCUUCAUGUGUAGCAUUGUUCAAGGGUGCAAGAGAACAUAUUUGUCUCAGAGAGACUUACAGGCUCAUAUCAACCAUCGCCACAUGAGAGCUGGAAAACCUGUUACUCGUGCUUCACUUGAAAACGUUCAUCCUCCUAUUGCCCCGCCACCAACUGAAAUCCCUGAUCGCUUUAUAAUGCCGCCAGACAAGCAUCAUAUGAGCCACAUUCCGCCAAAGCAGCACAUCAUGAUGCCACCACCUCCUUUGCAGCACGUGCCGCAUGAGCACUAUAAUCAGCCACACGAGGAUAUCCGUGCUCCUCCAGCAGAAUUGUCCAUGGCUCCACCUCCUCCUCGUUCGGUCAGUCAGGAAACCUUUCGUAUUUCAACAAGAAAACACAGCAAUUUAAUAACUGUCCCUAUUCAGGAUGACUCAAAUUCAGGUGCUAGAGAACCACCACCUCCUGCCCCAGCACCUGCUCACCAUCAUCCUGAAUAUCAGGGUCAGCCAGUGGUAUCGCACCCUCACCAUAUUAUGCCUCCACAGCAACAUUAUGCACCACCCCCACCUCCUCCACCACCAAUAAGCCAUCCAAUGCCACAUCCUCCCCAGGCUGCAGGUACUCCUCACUUGGUUUAUAGCCAAGCUCCACCUCCACCAAUGACCUCUGCUCCACCUCCAAUAACCCCUCCCCCUGGACAUAUUAUUGCCCAGAUGCCACCUUAUAUGAAUCAUCCUCCUCCAGGACCUCCCCCACCUCAACAUGGUGGUCCACCUGUAAGUGCACCCCCUCCUCACCACUAUAAUCCUAACUCUUUACCCCAGUUCACUGAAGAUCAAGGAACUCUGAGCCCUCCAUUUACACAACCAGGAGGAAUGAGUCCUGGCAUAUGGCCUGCACCAAGAGGGCCACCACCUCCUCCACGAAUGCAGGGUCCGCCUUCUCAAACCCCACUUCCUGGACCACAUCAUCCAGAUCAGACAAGAUACAGACCUUAUUACCAAUGAUAAUAGUAUUUUGAACUGAAGAUAUGAUAAGGAAAAAACUUAUACAUAGUCAACCUUUUAAUUAAGCUUUGACUGUUUGGGGAAGGAAAAGCACCUCUUACAGAGGGGGCUAUAAAACACUUGAGGGUCUUGUCUCUUAAAAUGGUUUUAAACCUUGACCUUAGGACUGAUUUCAAGUACUAUACGUAGCGCAGAUAAGUGGCUCAGUUGAGCACAGCUAUGUUUUAACAACUUUGUUCUAGUGUGGUAAAUCAACCCAGAGGUGACCAUUUGUAAUAUUAUUUCCUGAAAAAAAUUUUCAUUGUUCCACUUACAAAAGUAAUUACUUUCGUUAAACCCAAUCUUUAGGUUUUCUUGUGAUACAUCUUGUUAACCUGUGUAAACGGAUUAAAUUUCGAUAUGGUUGUAAAAAUGCUAUUUUUAUGUGAAUUUAAGUGCAGCCACAUACUGUUUUUUAAAACCAUAUGUUUUACCACUAAUUUCCCAAAGUUACAAUAAAAUUCUCAAAGUAAAAAUCUAUUAGAAUUUGCUGUAAGACAGACAGUUAAAUGGCAGAAAGUUAUUUCACAUUGUAGGCACUGAAAUUUUGAGGUAUAGUAAGUACAUAAUGCACUUCACUUGGAUGCCUUUUCCUUUUAGGCAGCCUCACGAGCACCAGAAUGCAUUGGAAUUUUAGUACUAAGAUAAAUUUAUGUUUGUAAUGUUAACAGGCAUUACUAAUUAUUUGGAAGGAUAUGGCAAAAGUAACUGAUUCUAUAGGCUCCAAGCUGGAAGGGUUGUUGACUCUCCAGGCUUUUUUACUGAAUGGUUGGAAUCACAUAGUGCACCACACUUAACAAAUCUUAAGUAACAUUGUGACUGUUGAAAUGGUAUCAUGUAGACGAAGUGUAUGCCACUUUGCUCAUUGUCAUAAACUAAAUAUGUAAGGCUAGACAGGCUUGAUGUAAUUCCUCGUUUCAUGGAGUUUGGUCUUAAUGCUUAAAUGGUUUCUUAUUUAUUGGGUUUAAGCUGCCAUUUGAGUGCCAUGGAGGAAUUGGAUAAUGUAUUAAUGAAAAACAUUCUUGUAAUCACAAACUUGCAUUUGCUCAGGUCUCAUUACUGUAUGAUAAGGGUUUUUCUUCUAACUUGAAGUUUAAAAACUAUUAAUUACUUAUUCCUUUUAUUGGCUCAGUCUAAACUUGGAAGAUUUUAGCAUGAUAUUAACAGUGAAGACUACCCGAGGAUUUUGUAUUGGAGAAAAGUAAUGACUAAGUUGUGAAUUUCAGUGCUUUAUAAGGUGCCUUUAGAGUCAGCUUUUGCAUUAUAGGGCUUGUUAUAGUCCAACUAAGAUAACCACUUAUGGUUUAUACAGAACUCAUAUUUAUAAAUUGAUAUUCUCAGGAUAUUGUUAGAUAUCCUUUGAAUAAACCCCUGUGAAGGUUUUUCUCCCCCUUAAAAUGGUGCAUAAUAUAAACAUGAAAUGUGUAGUAUGCAGAUUUCAUUUAUUAGAUAGUUUGUAGUGUAUAAAUUUAGAACAUACUCUUUUUGGCAAAGGAUCAACUGAUUGCUAAUUUACCAUUUUAUUCUGUCAGGUACAGGCAAAACAGAUUCCCAUCUUGGAGGAUCAGAUGCAAAGGCAUCUCUGAGCUUAGAGCUGAAGUUAGGAAUAAUAUCAGUGGUCAUUUCAACCUUCGACCAGCCAAAAAUAGCUAAUACACUUAAAAAAUAAAUAAAGUGGUUUUUCACACCUAGCAAUUUGAGAGUCCAAUGUUAAUGCAGUAUUUCUAGUGAGAAAUUCUUAUUAGAAGCAUGGGAGUGAGAUAGUGUGAUGUUGGUGGUGAAUGCUUCUGUCCUAUUACUGUAGGUACUUGGACUGGUGCAAACUUGAUUCCCUUUCAUGCCCCGUUUAGGAGCUGUUAAAAUAGUACUUUUGAAAAUCUAAGACCAUUCUUUGUUUCAUGUAAUAAGGUAAUACCCAGAUUCACUCAGGAGCCUCUCAACUGUGAAGAGCUCUCCUGUUUUUAUUGAAAUUUGCUAGGGUUGAAUGGGGUGUGAAACCCCUUUGCCAGCCCAUGUAUUGGACAGGAAAAAUCAGUGUCAAGAUAAAAUUCCACCUUUUAAGAGAACUGGGCUUUUUUUUAAAAAAAAAUAAAAAAUAAAUAAAAGAUUUAUUUUCCGUUAGACUUAAGAAAUAUAUGUCAUGCAGGGAGGCAUAUCAGAUGAAUGUGUUGUAGUGGACAAAAGUUUUAAAUGGUAUUAGACUUGAAUUCAUCCAGUUUUUGUUUGAAUGAGGGUGGGUGGGUAGAAGGAUAACAAAAUUACUGUUAGUAUUUGUUUCCUUAAGGAAAAAGAUGUGAAUCCCGGCCUUAUUUCAGGGAAGCCUUUGAAGCUAUGAUGGACAUAAGUCUAAAUACAAUGUAUGUAUGUUUCAUUAUAUUGCUCUUAAGACUACUGAGGUGGCAGUUUAACUCUUAAAAACAAUAAAAUGGAAGCAUAAAUACUA